AUGUUUGAGGAACUUGCAAAAACUAGGGGUGAACAUGGUUCGGAUUGGUUCGAUAUCCAAACAAAGUUAAUCAAACCGAUCUGCGACACUUCGGAACCAUUGUCAGAUGUCUGCGAAAUGAUCGGAGACAUUCGGAUUCGAAUUCAUGGCAACUCAUCCACAGUUUUUGUGAUCACUUCAAACAACCCAAAAAAUUUACCCAAAAAUAGUUCAUGGAGCAUAAGGCCUUAUGCCAGGAAAGGAGACAGAAUUGCAAUGGGGACAGUUCAAGAAUUCAUAAUUAGGUUUGUUGCAACCUCCAACCAAGAAAUCCCAACUUGCACCCACAACCACAGUGUUCCAGGACUUGUUUUUUCCACAAGUGGAUACACCGGAAACCUAUUUCAUGAUUUCACAGAGGUUGUGAUUCCGUUGUUUCUCACCUCACGAGAAUUCGAUGGACGAGUGAAGUUUCUUGUGACUAACAAACGGUCAUGGUGGAUAAGCAAGUAUAAAGAAGUUUUGAGAAAAUUGUCCAAGGUGGUCGAUAUUGAUAGAGAACCUGGAGUUCAUUGCUUUCCAAGAAUGGUUGUUGGACUUAAACAUCAUAAGGAGUUCAGUAUUGAACCUUCGAGAUCUCCAUAUUCUAUGACAAAUUUCAGGGAGUUCUUGGGAGGCGCUUACUCGUUAGAGCAAGAAAGAGCUAUUGAAGUAACUAGAGAUGGGGGAGGAAAAAGGCCAAGGCUUCUGAUCAUAUCCAGAAAGAGUACCAGGUUAUUGAUGAAUGAAGGUGAAAUAGUUACAAUGGCAACAGGCUUGGGAUUUGAAGUGGUGGUGACAGAGGCAGACUCAAACUCGGCAAGAUUUGCAAACCUGGUGAACUCUUGUGAUGUGCUGAUGGGAGAACAUGGAGCUGGGCUUACAAACAUGGUUUUUCUUCAAAAUGCCACUGUGAUCGAAAUACUCCCCUUGGGAGGAUUGGAAUGGCUGGGCAGAACUGACUUUGGUGACCCUGCUAAAGACAUGAACCUUAGAUUCCUUGAAUACUAGAUUGGCAAAGAAGAGAGCUCCUGAAGACAAGAAUACCCUCCCGACCAUCAAGUUUUUAAGGACCCUUAUUCGAUAUUGAAACAGGGCUGGCUGGCUUUUCGGGCAGUGUAUUUGGAUAAACAAAAUGUGACACUUGAUGUGGGUAGGUUUCAGGCAACUUCGUUAGAAGCUCUAAACCUUCUGCACUAGAAGAAGAUGCAUUUUGCAGGAAAGGGAGUUCAGAUUGUAUCUAGUCAUUAAUUUUUGCUAAGAAAUAUACCUUAACGGCCAACUCAUUUCACACCUAAACAACCACCAUUAUUCUUUGCAAUCCACUUUCUGAAGAGGUUUCACGUUGCACGCUGCAUGAGUUUAAGGGGACAAGUGAUUUGACAGUUAUAGUGAACAUCACAGAUAGUAAU